AUGCUGACAGUAUACUGCGCUGCUGCUGUUGCCCCUGUGGCUGGUGUAGGUGGAGUGGACGAGAGCAAGGGGCAGGGAGAAAGGGUAAGAAGCAGAUUGCAAAGCGAGCUGCUCCGGGCGACGGCGGCGGCGGCGGGUGAUCCAGAAUGUGACUUGCGGUACACGGUAUGUGCUAAGCGAGCGUCGAGAGUGAGAGUGAUGGACAGUGAGUCGGUCAAUUACCGUCGAGAUGAGGCGACUCUAGCUGCAGUAGCGGGUCGAUGGGAGAGUGAGAUCGAGUGA